GAAAAUUGGCGCAUUUAGCCGCACUUUUCCAUCAUUGAUGCAUUGUGAUUAGUCCCUUCUACAAGUACCGCUUACUGCCAACUCUCUUUCGUUGCCACCUUCAACGAACACUUGCACGAAAAUUUCACGACCGUAUUCAUUAUGCGUCUCUCAUUGACCUUCAUUAUCUUCGGACUAGCCACUGUCGUAUGUGCGGCACCUCGACCUAUGAACGCCGAAACUCGUGAAAUAGGACAUACGGAGGCAUUGAAGCUUCACGAAACAGAAGCCCUCGCUGCUCGUGCUGCCGCCGGUCCCAAUCCUUCAUCGUCCGACCAGGUUACCGCUGAGAAGAAGAAAAAGAAGAAGGGAAAGAAGAAGGACAAGGGAAAGAAGAAACAUAAUUCACAGAAAGAUUUAGCCGCGGACAAAGACAAAGGCGAUGGAUUGGCAGCUGUUGUGUCCUGUACAGGAGGAGGAAGAGCAUUGAGCGAUUACGAACGGGGCAUUGCUCAAUACCAAUUGGAUCUAUUCCUUAGUCCAAAUCCCAGGCCGCCAGAGCUCCCCGCCAUCCACAUUCCAAUGGACUUGCCAGAACGUUACGCAGUGCAAAAUGUCGGUGCCGGAGGCCAAACCCAUCAGAUCAUAAACUUCCAAUUCGCGCACCCGAAAUGUGGAAAAAGAGAAUUAUCUCUUUGCAGAGGAUCCCUGAACCUUUCGACCAAUGGUGGCAAAGUCUUUAACGAAGCAGGUAAAUUGAUAUAUUCACGAGCGGCGUCGGAAGCGAUGUUACGGAAAGCAAAGAUGGCGAACAAGAGCAUUCCCUGGCCCAAAGCCGGACUCUAUCAAGGAUAAUCCCAUUCGAAAUACGAGUAAAUCGGGAGUGUUACUUCAGCGAUGACUGUGUUGUACCUGCACAAAUAGUUCGUCAGUAGUUGGAUCAACAUUGCUUUUCUCUAUGUAAAUCUGGUCUUCUGUCGGAAAUUCAUGCGUUCACAAUGUUCAAGCUACAAAUCAUUGCUGUGCUUUGCUACAUGAACUCAGACUUAAACUUGAGCGCGCUCGGAGUGUCCUUCCGUCGGUGUUAAUGAUCACCUGAAUC